GAAACAAAAGGAGUGAAAUAUGCAAGACGAAAUUGUGACAUAUGCUGAAAUAAAGCUACCAAAAUCUGCUGGAAAAAUUAAAGCUGGAAUAGGACGAGACAAUAAUGCAGCUCCAAAAAGGAACAGAUUAAUCACUUAUCGAUACUGCAUAGUAGCACAGAGUAUCAUAUGUUUUCUCCUGGCAGCAACGGUGGUACUGCUGCUUGUCUUAAAAUAUCCUUCAGAAAAUAAUCCAAGAGACUGUAAGAGACAACUCUGCAAUGAGAGCAAUGUUAGCUGCCGUAUAUGUCCAGAACCAUGGAUAAAAUACCAUGUCAAAUGUUACCUGUUCUUCAAGGAAAAAAUAGACUGGAAUGCCUCCAAAGAGUUCUGCUCCACACACAGAGCAUCACUGUUUACAAACCCUGAUAAAGAUGUGACGGUUUAGUAUAUCCAUUGCUGCUCCAGGUGUUCAGGAUUGUGCUGCUAUCAAUAAAAAUGGCCUCUAUUCCUCAUCCUGCUCUGUAACAAAUCCUUGUAUCUGUGUGAAGAACACUUAACAUUCAUGAGUAAAACCAAGGAACUGUACAGACAGCAGUGUUGGAGGCAUUUAUAUGUGAAGUGAAGGAGAUUUAGCCAUCAGACAAACAAGCAAUUUGAUACUUAUUAAAAGAACUAGAUCAAAAUUCAUUAAAAAGCUAUUUUUUCUAAAACAAUGUGUCUCAUUUUAUUUUAAAAAUAUAAAAAAAAAUAAUGAUAGUGUUUGUUUCUAAGUUUUUUAAUCUCCUAGUUGAUUUUCUACCUGAAAUGGAAGAUGAGGCUAAACACAGAACAAAAGUAUCUACCAAACAUCUAUGUCAUCACAUGUCUGAUAUACCAUGUUAAAGGAUGAUGCUGCAAUGAUUCAAAUGGUGUUGUCAGCAUUGUUUAUAAAAUAUGUUAAUAAGUGCACAAAGCCAAAAAAAAAAAAAAAAAAGAUUCACAGCCUUUAC